CACCACUCAUUCCUUGGUCAAAGUAACUAUCCGACGCAUCCUCGCUCCACUACGAGGCUUCCUUUAAUUGUUUUGUUUAUCCACCCACAAGUCAUUUUGUGUCUUUAUUUUCAACUACUUAAUUAGUUUCUCAAGGGCCGCCAGCACAGCCUACUAACGAAACAUGUCGAGCCAAUUCCCUCCGAUCCCUCCCAUCAAGCCUACGCCGGUCGUCGCAAUUCCCUCGGAGCCUGGGUUGUGGGAUAGGAUAUCAACAUGGGCGUCCGAGAACAAGGCUGCCGUCUACACGAUCGCGGGUGUGUCAGUUCUGGUGACGGGAGCUGGAAUUUACUACAUAAAUAGCGGUCCUAGCUCCAAGGGCGAUUCGUCGAGACCAAGCAAAAAGGAGCGAAGGAAGCGCAAAGAGGCGGAAAAGAAGGCCUCUGCCGAAAAGGAUGCACAGCCUGCCCAAACCGGUUCAUCAACACCGCAAGCCGCGUCUGUCUCUACCAACGACGAGGACCUUUUGGAUAUAAGUGAGGCCGAUAUCGAAGCCCUGUCGCCCGAGGAGCGCAAGGCUCGCGCCAUCAAGCUCAAGGAGGCUGGCAACAAGUCUUACGGCGCACGCGACUACCCGCGGGCCAUCGACCUUUACACCAAGGCCAUCCUCUGCAAGCCAGACCCAGUGUACUACUCUAACCGUGCUGCCUGCUACAGCGCGCAGAAGGAAUGGGAAAAGGUCGUCGAGGACACCACGGCCGCCAUCAACCUGGAUCCCGACUACGUCAAGGCCCUGAACCGCCGCGCAGCUGCAUACGAGAACAUGGACAAGUACAGCGAGUCCCUGCUCGACUACACUGCCAGCUGCAUCAUCGACGGUUUCAGGAACGACUCCAGCGCCCAGGCUGUCGAGCGGUUGCUGAAGAAGUUUGCCGAGUCCAAGGCUCGCGAGAUCAUGGGUUCCAAGGAGCCCAAGCUUCCCAGCCCAACCUUUAUCGGCAACUACCUCCAGAGCUUCCGGGCAAAGCCCCGUCCUGCUGGUCUCGAGGACACCGUCGACCUUCCCGAGGACUCCGGUAAGGGCCAGCUGCAGCGCGGUCUCGCCGAGCUCGAGAAGAAGACUGGUGACCGUUACGAGGCCGCAGCUGAGGCGUUCGACAAGGCGCUGCAGCUUGGUGAUCUUGGAGAGUACGAGGCUCUUGCAUACAACAUGCGCGGAACCUUCAAGUGCCUGCGUGGUAAGCACGAGGAGGCACUCCAGGAUCUUACCAAGUGUGUUGAGCUCGACCCGUCCAUGACACAGGGCUACAUCAAGCGGGCUAGCAUGUACCUCGAGCUUGGCAAGACGCAAGAGGCUCAGGCCGAUUUCGAGACAGCAUCAACCCAAAAUCCCGAAGACCCUGACAUCUACUACCACCGCGCCCAGCUGCACUUUAUCCAGGGCGAGUUCCCUGAAGCCGCCAAGGACUACCAAAAGUCCAUCGACCUAGACCGUGACUUCAUCUUCUCGCACAUCCAGCUCGGUGUCACGCAGUACAAGAUGGGCUCGAUCGCUUCCUCGAUGGCGACGUUCCGCCGCUGCGUCAAGAACUUCGAAAAGGUCCCAGAGGUCUAUAACUACUUUGGCGAGCUCCUCAUGGACCAGAACCGCUUCCCGGACGCCGUCGAGAAGUUCGACACGGCUAUCGAGCUGGAGAAGUCGGCCAGGCCCACCGACAUGAACGUUCUGCCCUUGAUCAACAAGGCUCUCGCGCUGUUCCAGUGGAAGCAGGACUUCAGUGAAGCCGAGAAGCUUUGCGAGAAGGCUCUGAUCAUUGACCCCGAGUGCGACAUUGCCGUCGCCACCAUGGCUCAGCUCCAGCUCCAGCAGGGCAAGGUCACCGAAGCCCUCAAGCAGUUUGAGCGCGCCGCCGAGCUGGCCAGGACCGAGGGCGAGCUUGUCAACGCCCUCUCCUACGCUGAGGCGACGAGGACGCAGAUCACGGUGCAGGAAAAGUACCCCAAGCUUGCCGCUCGUCUGCAGGGCAUGGGACCGGCGGGUGCCAUGGGGCGAUGAACAGAUGAUGGGAAAGAAUCAAGAAACAAAAAAGAACAAAAAGAGGACACCUCAUAGCCUCAGUCUUUUGGUCGCGAGGUGCGCGACUUUGUAUGUUAAUCAGGUAUUUUUGUGUGUACGAGGGUUUAUUUUUUUUGUAAAAGUGUUUAUGGUUACCGGGAGGAAUUGCGAACGUUCGCAACCAUGCCCACGCAUCCCUUCAUAAAAGUAUCGAGGCGGAUGGUUGUUUUCUUUUUUAUUCAUCAGGGGCAAGGAAGGGUUUCACUUUCUUUGUUUCUUGAUCCUCUACUAAAACAUGGUAGCAUGUCAUCUGCUAGUGCUUGUUACACCGGGUGGUUUUGUCUGGAGAAGCCGUCUCGAGGAUUCGGCUGAGGUAUUUUGUUUCUUGUCACCUUUGCUUACUUUGGCGGGGAUGGAGAAAACACAAAACCAGGUCAAAAGGGCAUGGUGGACCUUGUACAUAUAAUAUCUUCCUCUCCCACUCUCAUCUUUACAAAGCAUUUAUUGGGAUUGGAUUCGGUCACGGAAGGAUUGCUGCGGCUUUUUUUAUUUAUUCCACCGACGAUCCUCCCAGUAGUCAUAUCGUUUCUAUGUAUUAUUUCUAGUUUCUUGAGUAAUCCCAACACCGACGUGGCUC